AUGAAUAGGUUGCACAAACCGAGAUGUCAAGUGGAUGCAUCUUGGGCAACCAGUCAGUCUACUUUUGGUGGCGGUCUUAUCUUGGAGAUGGAAGAUGGGAGCACGUUCUCGGGUUCCUUAGGGAGUAGGCAAGUCCCAUCCCCUCUUCAUGCAGAGUUCCGAACCUUGCUGUGGGCAAUGAGUUACGCUCUCCGAGAUGGUCUGAGCUGCACUGUUCCUAUCUAUGAAGGUUAUGCCUUUCCACAUGCUAUCCUGUGUCUUGAUCUUGGGGGUCUUGACCUCACUAAUGCAUUCAUGAAGAUCCUAACUGAGCGUGGACCACAACCACAUCAGAGCGUGAAAUUGUCUCAGACAUAUAAAAGAAGCUUUGCUACAUUGGUCUUGAAGAAGGAUCUUGAGAAAGCCAAAACUAGCUCAGCUGUUGAGAAGAAAUACGAGUUACCUGAUGGGCAAGUGAUCACCAUUGGUUCUGAGCGGUUCCGUUGUCCUAGGACCGAGGUUCUUUAUCAGCCGCCUAUGAUUGGUAUGGAUGAGAAUCCUAUACGUGAAACAAAUUAUAACUCCCUAAUGAAGUGUGAUGUAUACAAGAAGGACGUGUACGGUAACACUGUGAUCAGUGGUGGGAAACACAUUUUCUCUGGGAUCGCUAACAAAAUGAGCUACGAUAUCACUGCUUGGGCUCCAAGCAGCAUGUAGAUCAAAGUUGUUGCUCCUCCUGAGAGAAAAUACUCUGUCUGGAUUGGAGGGUCCAUCUUGGCUUCACUCAGUACUUUCCAGCAGAUGUGGAUCGCAAAGGAACAGUACGACGAGUCAUGCCCAUCUGUUAUUCACAGGAAGUGCUUUUUAGCUCAAAGUUAUCAUUUUUCAGAAAGAAGCGUUAAGCUGCUCUUUUUAUUUUGUUUUUUGUACGUUGUAUUUUAAAAUUCUGGCCAAACACAUUUUGAAGGAUUUAUUUAUUUUAUUUUAUUUUUCUUAAAAUCA